UUCUCUCCUCUUAACUCUGCGACAAACACGGAGUCAUAAAGCAGCCGGGGUGAAUCGAGCUUGCUGUUUAAUGGGUAAACACACAGCACUGGUCUGGCUAAGGUCACUCACCCGGGCUGCAGUGCCCAGCCACCGGAUUUAUAGCAAGAUGGUAAUGCACACUUAAUAAAACCCCAAAAAAACAUUUCAGAAUUCUGCUGAAUUUUGAAUUAUUUCUAAAAUUACAACUCCUAACUUUCAAUCUGCUCUAUAUUUGUUUCUCUCGCUGGCCACUGUGUCUUUCGCCCACCUACAUGUUAGUGAAAAUGUGCUCGCCGCCAUGCGCCCGCAAAGCACUGCCUCCUGGGGAUCGAUAACCUGCGCUGCCUGUGGCAAAUCUGCCCUCUGGACCCCAGGACAGUGUGCCAGCACACACACACACACACACACACACACACACACACACCCACCUGCCUCAGCCACUGCUGAAGUGCCUCUCUGCUCCUCGUCACACCUCUUGACACCUCAGGUUAGCGCGGAGUUAGCAGACGAGCCCGAAGGCCGAGGAGACUGCACAGAGGGAGGCCCGGGUGGACGAAUGCGCUGGAGGAUGGCGAGGUUUGGUAAAACGAUGGCGGGUGGACUGCUGCUCUCGCUGAGCCUCACUCUUCUCGGGUGGGGAGCGGAGGGGCAGGGGAACGGACGGGGUAAGAAGGAAGUAUCAGGCGGGACUACCGUCUACCUCGGCCAGGACAGAGACACCUGGAGGCCGCUGAUGCACACAAGAGUGAACCUCAAUGACAUCCGCAGCAUCAAGUCAUCCUUUCAUCUACGGACAUUUGACCCAGAGGGGACCAUUUUCUACGGAGACACCAAAAACGGGAAGGACUGGUUUGUUUUGUCCCUGAAAGACGGCGUCCCGCUGAUGCAGAUCAGCAGAGGAGAGAGCCUGGUCAGCGUGGCCGGAGGCCCAAAGCUCAACGACGGGAAAUGGCACAUGCUGGAGGUGAGCAACCACGAGCCCUUUGUGGUUCUAGAGGUGGAUGGCUCCAAUAGGAUGGUGGUGGGCAUGGAGUCCAACAGGACAAUGGAAAUCCUUUCAGGUGAACUUCGCCUGGCCCUUGGUGGGAUCCUGAUCGACAGAGAACAGAUGUUUGUUCAGCUGCAGCCGCAGAUGGAUGGCUGUGUGCGGGACGGCAGCUGGCUGAACGUCAGCACCCCCUGGGAGUCAGAGGUGGAGGAGCUCUGGCCCUGCCAUGCAAACAUCCAACCUGGAAGCUACUUCCCGGGCUCCGGAUUUGCCGUUUUUAACACCUCAGUUUUCCCAUUUGAAGCAGAUCAGAGGGUCAAGAUGGAAUUGUGGGGAGAUUUCAGGAAGAUGGAUGGGACCAUUUUUAGCAUCAAGGCUUCUGGGCAAAAGCUGUUGUUCGCUUUGGUGGCCAAUAAUAACACAAAGGAAAUCACACUCACUUUCGGAGAGGAAAACAUCACCAUGAAAGACACUUUCAAGAGGCUGGUGAUAAUCUUUCAGACAGAUUUACUGCAAGUGCUUCGAGAUGGAGACAAAUCAAACACCACUACGUUACCCAUCAAUCCAGUGAGCCACCCCGGGUAUUUCACCACAUGGAAAGAGGGUCGUCUCGCUGUUGGAGGUCUCCUAGGUGAGGACGGUGUUGGCUCCCAGUUUUUGACCGGCUGUCUGGAGAAGAUUCAGGUUCAAGGGAGGGAUUUAGAUCUGGAUUCAGCUGUCAAACACAUGUCAAUCUCAUCUUACAGCUGCCCGGCAUAGACCACGAAACGACCCAUCUUUGAUUUGCAGAAUCCGUGUUUUGCAUUGGAUCCCUUUGGGUACAUGAACAAAACCAAAAAAAAGGUUUGGAAAGGGAAAGGUUGUCUGCUAAUAGUCGACCUGUAGUUGAAUGUGGUAUUUGACCCAUUUAACCUCUAAAAUGUGAAGAAUUAUAAGAACAAUAUGUAAUCCAAUAGAUAUCUAUUUAAUUUACCUCGUUUGAACGGAAUAGGUCAAUUAAUCUGGGGAAUGUAAAUUGUUUUGUGACCUCGGCACACGCAACAGUCUAUUUCUAAAUAGGAAAUCAUCUCCUUAACGCGGCCAUCGUUAGGUUUAAAUUUUACUGCUGCAUUUAGGGCGAAUUAAAAAUUGUGCUUUGGAGGAGAUUCAAACACAUAACUAACGUAGCUACUGAACGGGGUAUGAGUAUGACUUUGAUUUAAGACAUGGAUUUUGCCCCCUCUAGUGGAUUUUUAGCGAUAAUAUUAGUUACUCUGUGUAUAAUAAUAUAUAUUGUUAUAUAUAGAGAAAUGGUGUAGAAUUUUAAGAAAUAACAUUCAAUUGUCAUAAAGUUGAUGUGUAAUUAAUUUGUCUGGUAAAUUCAUUGUUUGAGUUGAUUAGACAUGGAAGGAAGAAAAAAAAUUGCCAUCAAAUGACUCAAAAUCUUAAUUAUCAUUUAGAUUUUUGAUGUUUCAAGAUAUUACUGUGGAUUAAAAAUGCACCUAGAAA